CUCCAGUUUGAGAUACAGAUACGCAUCCGCGAGAUGUCAGCCUGCCAGAACUCCACUCUGGACUGGAGCGGCCAGUGCCCCUCCCCGGCCACUGGCUUGUUCGCCGGAAUGGUCAGCCUGCUGGUGCAGUCCCUCCUCGCCGCCCAGUGCCAGGUCUCGCCGCCCAGCCUCUGGCCGGAGGACUACCCCGGACCGCUGGAGGAACCCUACGACAUGGUGGUGAUUGGAGCGGGAUCGGCUGGCUCUGUGGUGGCCAGUCGGCUCAGCGAGAAUCCCCACUGGCGGGUGCUGGUCUUGGAGGCUGGCGGAGAUCCUCCCGUGGAAUCAGAGCUCCCCUCGCUGUUCUUUGGCCUGCAGCACACGGACUUUGUGUGGAACUACUUUGUGGAGCGGAGCGAGGCCUCCUGUCGGGGCAUGAAGGAGGAGCGCUGCUACUGGCCGCGUGGCAGGAUGCUGGGCGGAUCGGGGGCCGCCAAUGCCAUGCUGUAUGUGCGAGGGAACCGGCAGGACUUCGACGGCUGGGCGGCCUUGGGGAACACAGGGUGGAGCUACGACGAGGUCCUGCCCUUCUUCGAGAGGUCGGUGACCCCACAGGGCAAUGCCACUCAUCCGCGGGGCUAUGUGAGCCUGAAUCCCUUUGAGCGCCAGGACGAGGACAUACACCAGUUGAUCCUGGACGGAGCUGGGGAGCUGGGACUCCCGUAUGUCAGGUCCUUUCAGGAAGGAAGCGAGACAGGAUACGCCGACGUGCCGGGAACUAUUCGAGAGGGCCACAGGAUGAGCACCGCAAAGGGCUACCUGGGCGCUGUGGCCGCCACUCGUCCUAACCUUCAUGUCCUUAAGAACGCCCGGGUGACCAGGAUCAAUGUCCAAGGAGACCGCGUGGUUUCGGUGGACUUUGUGAGAAGGGGGCUCCAGGAGAGGGUCUUCGUCAAAAAGGAAGCGGUUCUGUCCGCUGGAGCCAUCGACUCGCCCGCUCUGCUCCUCCGGUCUGGGAUAGGUCCUGCCCAGGACCUCGAAGACUUGGACAUCCCAGUGCAACUGGAACUACCGGGUGUGGGUAAGAACCUCCAAGAUCACGUGGUGAUUCCCGUCUUCCUGCGACUCGACGAGGGACAGACCCCACUGCCCAAGGAGCAGGACAUGCUGGACGAUAUCUACGAGUACCUGAGGCACCGGCGAGGUCCUUUGGCGACCCACGGACCCACCUCCCUGGUGGCCUUCGUGAACACCAACACCAGCAGCCAGAGUCCCUACCCGGACACGGAGUACCAUCACCUGUUCUUCCGUCGCGGCCGCCACGACAUGCUGAACAUUUUCAUGCAGGGCCUGUCCUUCCAGGACCAGUACAUCGAGCGCCUGCAGGACUACCUCAAGGACUCGCACUUGCUGUGCGUCUUCGUGCUGCUCUCGCAUCCAGUGGCCAGGGGGGAAGUGCGCUUAAGGAGCCCGGAGUCGGAAGAGAAGCCCAUCCUGAUCAGCAACUAUCUGACAGAGCGGCAGGACGUGGAGACGGUACUCCGGGGGAUCGGGUAUCUGGAGAGUCUGAUACAAACCAGAUCCUUCCGGGAUCACCUGGCCGACAUCGCCCGUUUGCCCAUCGAGGAGUGCGAUGUCCUGGACUACCGCAGCGAGGCGUACUGGAGGUGCUACGCGAAGUACUUCAGUAUAACCUGUUACCACCAGUCGGGUACUGUGAAAAUGGGUCCUGCCCAGGACCACGAGGCCUGUGUAGAUCCUCGCCUGAAGGUGUACGGCCUGGAGAACCUCCGGGUGGCGGACGCCAGCAUCAUGCCCAGGGUGGUCAGUGCCAACACCAAUGCCGCCACCGUGAUGAUCGGCGAGAGGGCGGCGCAGUUCAUUCGCGAGGACUGGCACGUCGACGAGAAUCCCACUUGGGAAUUCCCAUCACAUCUCGGCACUCUGGAGACCUGUCGGGAAGACGUGGAUUGAUCUGUUGAUCUAUUGAUCGAUUGGUCAUCGAUAAACCCGAUAACGAUCCGUAAUUGCUCUUAAUUACGAGAUAUGGGAAACUUGUUUUGGAAGUGUUGCGAUUAGGAGCUUAUAACUCACUUUUUUUUGCGAUUUUUUAAUAAGAAAAGUAAAUCAGAAGGGUAAAUAUUAUUUCUUUUGUAAAUAUUUAGGAGCUAAGGGGUUUAUAUUUAAGUGUUUUUUUUAAAGAAAUAUAUAUUAAAUAAUAAAUCAAAGACCAAUCAAAGCA